AUGACCGCCUUUUCCACCUCGUUCGGUCGAUUCGGCUCGAUGCGCAAGCGUGAGUCCGUCAAGAAAACCGUACAGCCCAUCGACGUCGUCGCUGCAAAGCAAUACGAUCAUGAUGGUCCAUCCUCGGCAUCUUCCAGCAGCUUGCUCACCCCACGACCUCACCACUACCGCAGCACCACUUCUUCUCCAGCAACUUCGGCCAUCUGGACGUUUGCACCUGGCUCCUCUUCCACAUCCUCGAGCGCACGCUUUGUUUCGCCUCCUACCUUUGUUUCCUCCUCGGCUCUCACUUCCACAGGUGUCUUGCAAAACGACUUGGAGGCACUCACCCCUCCACUCAGUCCUGUCCAUCCAAACAGCGCUGCUGCAGCACAAGCUACUAAGUCGCCCCUCCGCCGAGCCCUUUCUCGCACUUUCUUCUUUGGCAGUGCACAUGCCACUAAUUCCGCUCACGCUCAAUCCAGCGCUCCCCGCAUCUCAUCACCCAUUCCCGUCGUUGUGGAAGCCACUGCUCCUCACGCUCCUCGUCCUGCGCGUCCCGCUCGGCCUGUCACUUGUCCUUCCACCGGCGUCUCGCCUCAGCCCAACGCGUUCGGGUUCAGCGCAUCCGACAUGACGCGAUCACACACCGCCGGUUCUAUCGUCAUUACGCCCCCCACCGAUGCCACCACUCGAAGGCGCAGUCGCACGCUCAUGCCCUCUACCACGCUCACAGAAUGCGAUCGACCGACACCCUCUUGUUCGCAGCGUUCUCUCUCCUCUUCCUGGUCCAGUCGAUUUUCUCGUCCAUCCUCGCCCCUCGCCGCUACUAACGCUACUGACGCCGAAAACCGGGCUCUUGCUCCUCAGACGCCGUCGGCUCCUCCCGCAUCUCCACGUGCAUCGCUUCGUUCCAUUCGACAAAAGCACGCGCGCAAGUCGCUCCACUCCAUCUUUGGCCUGUCAGCCUCCCACACUUCCAGCACCCGGUCCGAGUCGGCUUCUCCGCACGCCUCGUCACGCCCACCUCCACGUCGUCGGUUGACCCGAAGUACCUCGGAAGAAUCUUUCCACUGCCGUGGUCCUGGCUUUGAUGCUCCUCCUGCUGCCGACACACGGCCUAGCGUCGACGAAGGUGUGUCGCGCUCGCUCGAUGUAAACCCUCGUUCUUCUGCCGCCGUGCCGCGAUCCGUCUCGCUCUACUCGUGCUCGUACCCCACUUCCAUGCCGUCGAGCGGUGCAAGAAGGAUGAGCGACUUUACCAUCGAUUCGUAUCAAGAGGCUGUCCACGCAUCCACUCGUGCAGCACACGACAUCCUCAGCGAGAUUGAAGCGGAGCAAGAAUAUGAAUACGCGCUCGCUGGCUUGGGACUGUCCGAUCCUCUGCCCGCCGCGCCUAGGGUCAUUCCCAAACGUCUCUCGGCCACUUCGCAAAUCUCGCUCACUGAAAGCAUCCCUUCCUCGGUCCCAUCUUCCUCGAUGAUCUCGCUCUCGUCGAUCGAGGACCAACUCGGUUCAGCAUCGUGGUCUAGCAUCCCUUCGAUGCAGAACUGGUUCUCAGCCUGCCCACCUACACCGCCCUCUUCGAUCCGACUUCAGCUCGAAUUCCGAUCACUCCCACUGCCGUCUCCAGCCCUUCUCUGCUCGAUGCCCAACCAGGUAGAGAAGGAUGACAAAGCGAGACCGCUCUCUGGCAUCUUUAUCUCUUCCAACUCAUCCGUGCUCGAGCUCAAAGAGACGAUCGCCAACCGCAUGCGUGAGUCAGGCUAUCGUCUCUCGCCCAAGAACCUCACGCUCACGCUCCACCUCAACGAAGACGUCCGCGCCAACGCAGAGACGGCUCUUGGCUUAAAGCUCUCGGUCUACGGAAAGAACCCGGCUAAGGUGCUCGACGAUAGCAGCAGGCUACUUUUCGAAGAGGGCGCUCAGGAGGAGGAUUUGGUCGUUGUAGAUUGCGACCCUUCGCAGAUCCUUUGGAGCAUCUAG